UAUAUAUCUAUAGAAUACCAUCGUAUAUGAAUUAAUUAUUUUUUUCCAAUGAUGUUAUUGAUAUAUAUAAAAAUCUUUUUGCUGUUCAUUAACAUUGGUUUUACAUAUUCCAUACAGAUCGUAAAAUAUAUUUCUGAAAUAACGAAAUUUAAUCAAAAUGGAGUUUUAAAAGUUGUAAGAAAACCAGUAGAAUUUGAACAUUAUUUUCAUCCAGUUUCUCAAAAAUGGAAAGUUGCAACACGUAAAAAGUUUCAAUUAGAUUUUAAUAAAUUUUCGUUCGAAGUUGUAAGAGAUGACAAUCUUACUAAAUUACUAAACACGCCGUAUGAAAAGUGUGUUGUUGAGAUUAAAAAAGAAAAUUGCUUAUACAGGGCAUUAUCUAUUUUAUUAUGUGGAGACGAGAGAUAUCAGCGUUAUUUAAGACAUCUUAUAUUUGAAUAUAUAAGGGAAAAUCGUGAAUAUUUAGAAAAAAUAUUGGGCAAGUACAAGAUUGAAGAUUAUUUGUGGUACCACUUUUCAAUUAAUCCAGGUGUGACAAUUAUUCCUGAUGAUAUUGAAUUAUACGCUGCAGCUACUUUUCUAAAUGUUGGUAUCUAUAAAUAUGAUUAUGAUACAAAAGAAUGGGAUUUCUACCACAAGGAUUUACCUGAUUAUAUAUCAUUGAGAAAAUCGCAGUUUGAAUUUAGAGUUAUCGCUGAUAAAUUAUCUGAUAGCGUUUCUGAGAAAAAAUCAAAAAAAGUUAUAAAAAAAACAGCAGAAAUAGAGUCAAAUAUGGUCUAUUUAAAUGAAUCUAAAAAAGUAUAACAAAAAGAAUUUCAAAAUUGUCUAGAAAUAAAGCCAGAAAUAACACUACACAAAGUUAUCAACAAAAAAGAAACUGAGAAAACUUCAAAAAAAGAGUCAGUGAAAAGAACAGAAACAGUGAAAAGAGCUAUGGACGAUGAAACUACUAAAGGAACAGAGAAUGACCCCAUGAAUAUUAAGGAAAAACUAACAAAUAUAAUUUCUUUAAUAAAAUCAAAAAUAUGUGAUAAAAAAGAGGAGACACUUAAGUUAGAUUUAUUAAGAGAUCAGUGUAUUUACUUAGCACAAAGCAAAAAAGGUUUCUACUUAGUUUAUUAUGUUGAUGACACUAUAGUUGUAUAAAAUGUAUAGAAAAAAAAAAAUAAAUGGUAUAAUUAUUAACAGUUACAAAAAAUAAUAAUUUAGGUAAUUUAAUACAAAUAUCUGUAUAAUUUUAUAUUCUUAUAAGAUUCGUCAUUUUUUUAAAUUUAUCAAUUAAACAGUUAGUUAUUCCAUGUUCUCCAUACAAACAAUUAAAAUCAUUCAUUUCUAAUGUUUUCUAAGUAUUUAUUGACGAA